AGCGCGGCGUCUCCUAUUUUUAAAAGAUGGUUUCCUCUAGGAUUGUUUUGGCUUUCGCGUUUGUGUCGAUAUCUUUUAUCGGUUUGACCACCUGGAAGAGCUCGAAUAUUGGUAUCCGAGGGCUGUUAUUACUCUUUGGACGGUUCCUUCUUUUUCUUGGUUUUGUCACCUGGCUUGUUUCCACUGUUAUCCCUCGGAUCAAGUCUGUAGUAUGGACUCCUCCGAAACACUUCCCUGAAGACAUUGUCCCAGAUGCAGAGGUGGAAAGGAAACUGCAGCUAGCAAGGAAGGAGAAGCAGGAGGAAUACAGAACAAGAGUAGUAGCAUACCAGGAAAAUGUCCUUCAUCCACGAGAAGAAAUCAAACUUAGAAAAAAGGAAGAGAAGUUCUAUCAGAUGACUGGGGAAAAAUGGAAAUUAAGUCAUGGUUAUGUACUUGGGGCUGAUGAAAAUUCAGAGCACAUAUCCUCUCAAGAGCCAGAAGUUGCUUUUGAGUCUCCAAAUGUAGAAGCACGAUGUAGGAGGAAGCUCCCAGAAAGCAUUACCCAAUUGCCACCUUCACCAAAGCCUAUUACUUCUAAGAAGAUUGUCAUUUUGCCAGAAGAACCUCCGUUUGAUAUGGAAGGGGUCUUCACAAUAGCCCUUAGAAGUCCAAGUGGAAGGAUUUUCAAAAGAAGGUUCAUUGAUUCACAAAGUACUCAGGUGCUGAUGGACUGGAUCCUGAAAUUAGGCUACCACCCUGCGAUUUACACCAUCUACACCACCUAUCCCAGAAGGCCCCUUGAAGCCACACAAGAAACAACAUUGGGAGACGUCGGUCUAGUAAAAGACAUGGUUUUGAUCAUUGAUGAAAAAGACACUUAAGCUUCGGAUGCCAUAGCUAAUGAUUAGCUGUUUGGACAGCAUAGAAAUGGAGAGAAUGUGCUGCUGCUUUUCCAAAGGGACAUCACUAGUAGACACCUGAAAGAAAACCAAACGACCAGAGGAUUGUCACAGCACUCAUUUCCACUACAUUAGUGUACUUCAGCUUUUCCUGUUACAGUAGGCCAACACAGCCUCCUCCAGUCCAUCCUGACGAAUACCCAGACGCUCCAAGGACAGUUAAGCAAUAAAAAUUCUCUGCCGCAUUCCAGGUCUGCCCCUCGAUCCUCUCCACAUGAGCUAAAACCUCAGAAGGCUGAUAACCAUCUGCUUAAAAUAUACACACAGCGGUACAGUGAACUUUCACUUCGGAGCUGAAACUUUCAGAAUAUGCAGCCAAAAGAGCAGUAGCUGACAUCGCUCCAUUCUUGAAGACCUCCAUCAGACUGUUCUGGUUGUCAUCUUGUAGUUGCAGAAUUAUCUGCCAAUGAGGUAACAUGCCAUCCACAUUGUCGAUCCAACUAACCUGCAUGUGUUUGGACUGUGGCAGGAACCUGAAGGAAACCAAGGAGGACAUGGUGAGAGCACCAGUGAUGCAGACCAGCACUGCUCCACCCUGCCACCCACAGAAAAAGAUGCAAAACAAAAUGUCAAGUCCACCGGUUCAGAGUGUGAGGCACAUCAUGGCUACAGGCCCCCAAGAUGUGAAGAGGCUGAAAAUCAGCGGCUUUCAUAGCAGUUUUCCCAGAGCAGGAGCUUUGUUUUCAGGAAUCAUUGAGGUCCAGUGAGGUAUGAUGGUGGCCUGUGAUGCACUGCAUUCCCACCGCACAACAGCAACUGUAACCUUUAAGCAAAAUAUGUGACAUGCAAAAAAGAGGGAUGCACUGCGAAGUGUGGUGCGACUGGGAGUUCACAGGGGACCCUCUCCCCACCUUAUUGCUUCGAUGUGACUGCCGUUUCACAGGGGAGAGGAUAACACGGCACACCAUAAAGGUAGCUGUGAAGUGUGAUGUGGAGCUCCAGCUUCACCAGUAACUCCAAAGUCCACACAACUAACAGAUGUGUAAGGUGGCGCCUGUGCUUGUGGCCAACCAAUCAGCACAAUUCAUCGCUGAAGACCCACCCAUAAUAGUUCCUGAUUGAAGGGGAAGGACAAACAUGGAGUAUGAGCUCAAGAAGGUACCAGGAACUACAAAUGACCCAAGUUUCUGUGGUGGGAAUGGCACAAAUGUUCCCAAGUUUCUACAAAUUCCCUGAUUCCUAAAAAUUUCUCGUGGUGGGAAAGCACCUGACAUCACUGCCAUCUUGUCUUUUUGCAAAAAUCGGUUUAUAAAUGUGAUGCUCUGAGCUGUCUAGAUUGUUCCCACCCACUUUUAUGCAUAGUUCACUUAUGGUGGUCUCCUUGUACAUCCAGUUUUGCCAGACUAAACCAUAUGGGGGGUACUGGUGGGAGGUGACGGGGCACACAACAAUACAUUGUAAAGUUGAUUUAAGAUUUAUAAAGGAAUUUAGCACGGGUCAUGGAGAAUGUACUUUUUGACAAAUUCCAACUUUUUUGCCUUUCUAGCCUAAGUAAAAUUUUAGUAUGAAAUCUGAGAGGCUUUAUAUACGAGACUCCAGGAGUUCCUUCAAACCCAGAGCUCAUUUUCACUUAUGAUUUAUUAGUAAAGUUUAUAUAUUGCAAAUGGUUUUAGUAAACAAAUCAUGUUUGA